AUGACUACCAAACGUGCCUACAAACUCCAGGAGUUUGUAGCACAUGCUUCUGCUGUUAAUUGCCUCAAGAUUGGAAGAAAAACAUCUAGGGUUCUUGUUACUGGAGGGGAAGACCACAAGGUUAAUCUUUGGGCUAUUGGUAAACCGAAUGCUAUCCUGAGUCUCUCAGGACACUCAAGUGGAAUAGACUCUGUGAACUUUGAUUCCUCUGAAGUGUUAGUAGCUGCUGGAGCUGCAAGUGGUACUAUUAAACUCUGGGACUUAGAGGAGGCAAAGAUUGUUCGAACUCUUACCGGUCAUAGGUCCAACUGUACAUCAGUAGACUUCCAUCCUUUUGGAGAGUUCUUUGCAUCUGGUUCUCUAGACACUAAUCUUAAGAUAUGGGACAUCAGAAAGAAGGGUUGUAUUCAUACAUACAAGGGCCAUACUCGAGGGGUAAAUGCAAUUAGGUUUACCCCUGAUGGACGCUGGGUUGUAUCAGGUGGGGAAGACAAUACUGUGAAGUUGUGGGAUCUAACCGCCGGAAAACUCUUGCACGAUUUCAAGAGCCACGAGGGCCAGAUCCAGUGUAUAGAUUUUCACCCCAGCGAGUUUCUACUAGCAACAGGUUCUGCUGAUAGGACAGUUAAAUUUUGGGACCUUGAAACUUUUGAGCUUAUUGGUUCAGCUGGCCCCGAGACAACAGGAGUACGUUCUCUUACUUUCAGUCCCGAUGGGAGGGCCCUACUAUGUGGUUUACAUGAGAGUUUAAAGGUUUUCUCUUGGGAACCUAUAAGAUGCCAUGAUAUGGUUGAUGUGGGUUGGUCUAGAUUGUCAGAUCUUAAUGUUCAUGAAGGAAAACUUCUUGGCUGUUCAUACAAUCAAAGUUGUGUUGGAGUCUGGGUCGUGGACAUCUCGCGUAUAGAACCAUAUGCUCUUAAUAGUAUGAACCAACUAAACGGCCGUUCAGAAUCUAAAUCCUCAAGUGGAAAUACAACUGUAUUGAAUGAAAUCACAGCCAAGGCUAGGCUAUCUGGCUCACAAAAUCCGGAUCCAUUACUGAAAGAAACAAGAUCUCUUGGAAGGUUGUCAAUUUCUCACGAUUCAGACCCCUUGAAGGAAGGAAAAUAUUUGGCAUCCACAGGAAGUGCACCAAGUACUCCUCAAAGGAUAAAUUCUAAUUCUGGUUCAAAAACAGUCUCUGUUGGUUCAACAGCAGUGCUUAAUACAGCCGCUCAGAAAAGGAGUUCUUUGAAAUCACAUACCACAUCAAGUUUUCCACUCAUCAAUAAAUCAGAUAUUGUACCUGUUAUCGUCCCCAGAACUAGCACGAGGUCAGAGCCCGUAGCUGAUUCUAGAAAAGAAGUCGGUGUUUCCGGAACAACAAUGCCAAUAUCUUUGCAGUCAAAGUCAGCGGAUAUACGGAAAUUUACGAACAGCAGAGAUGACGUGGAUAAGCCACCUUUCUCUUCUGUAACUGAAUUUGCAGCUUCUAAGUGUAGCGAACUAGGUGGUUUUGCAGAUAAAAAUAAUUUGCCAGCUUCUGUAAGCUCAACUCAAGAUGAAGGCAACCAGAAACUGAACAGAGAUGGAUGUUCCAUUGACGUACAGAAAAGAGGGAGAAUGCGCUCACUUCUCAAUUUGGAAAAGAGGGAACGUUCUCUUAAUUUUGAGGAUACUAGACACAGAAUUUCUCAUGGGAGGACACCAUCAGUUCAUGUGCUUCCUUUCAGUGGGAGAACACAUUCCAUAUCCACUGAGAAGGCCACAUUUUCGGCUAGCGAUGAAGAUUCUAUUGCUGAUGUGAUGGAAAGACAUGAUGAAUUUAUCAGUUCAAUGCAGAGUCGUUCAUCUAAGUUGAAGGUGGUCUUCGGACGCUGGGAAAGAAAUGAUGUUACAGAAGUCAUUAGCACAAUGGCAAAGAUGGGUGAUCAUGCUGUAAUUGCUGAUAUUGUUAGCAUUAUGAUGGAGAAAAUUGAUAUGGUCACACUUGACUUGUGUACAAGUCUUCUGCCACUUCUAAGUGACCUUUUACAAAGUGAAAUGGAUAGACAUCUAUCUAUAUCUGUGGAAAUGUUAUUGAACCUGGUCAGAGUAUUUGGUUCAGUAAUCUAUUCAACGCUAUCCGCUAAACCCUCUGUUGGUGUUGAUAUCGAAGCAGAGAACAGGCUAGAGCGUUGCAACCUCUGCUUUGUAGAGCUCGAAAAAGUCAAACGUUUCCUACCUUCCCUAAUGAGAAGAGGAGGAUCAAUUGCAAAAUCUGCACACGAGUUGAAUCUGGUACUUCAGGAUGUGUCGUGA